AAAGUUGACAAUAGAAUGUGUAUAGGUCUCCGCUCUCGAGGGCUCGCGGUCGCCAGCACGGCCAGCAAGUUGACAGUUUUGUAAGAGACAAUUUCGGCAAGGACACGGUUGGUUCAGCUUCAGCAAGGUUGAGCAGCGGGCCUGAAUGCAGGCUUCGUUUACGUUUCCGAGUCGCGGCCGUUUGCGCCACCGGCGCGUCGCGGGGAUGUUGCGCGUCGGUCAGGUGACAGGUCAGUGUCGUGUCGACCUCCUUCGACCGUGAGUCGUGACAUUGACAAUCGCUUUUUCCCUCGACGCUUUUACGUUGUAUACCAAUACUUUGAGUCAUCCUUAGUCUCUGCUGCGACGAUGUCAGAAAUAGCGCGUAAAAGGCCCCGUGUCUCACUUGAUGCCGACGCAGAGCAGAAGGUUCUACAAGAUCAUCCCGCGCUUUAUCACGACGACGGAAAUGUUAUACUCAGCUGCGGCAGCACGCUGUUCCGCGUCCAUCGCUCGAUUCUAUCGAAACACUCGCCCGUCUUUCGCGACAUCCUCGAGCGGAAGGAAGACACUAAAACGGAGAUACUACGAGGAUGUUUGCAUGUUGCCCUAGAAGACACAAAGGAGGAGGUCGAGGCGCUUCUGAACGUUAUUUACGAUGGCUUCCGUGUCGACUUUCCGGAUCUGACGGUGGUCAACUUCCCGACCCUUUCGAACAUCUUCCGCAUGGCCACGAAGUACCGCAUCGACCGUACGCAGACAGACAUUAUGAACAGGAUGAAGCAGGAGUGGCCGUACGACCUAGACAGACGCGAUGCACGCACUCAGGCUGGCCUCCGAAUCCAGCAGCAACGACAAGCUGCGAACGGCGCCGCCAAUGUUAACGUAAACGCCGCGCUCCUCGAGCAAGAGGAGCUCGCCGUGCCGCCCGCCACCGCCAUCGCCCUCCUCCGCAGCGGCGGGUGCACGGACAAAGAACUCCUCGUGCCACUCUUCUACGCCCUUAGUUGCAGCGCCUGGCAGUUCGGCGGACCUGCGGUCGGGCACCAUAUUGCGUCGCUGUCGCAUGCAGACAUCGAGCGGUUCGUUGUCGGCCUCGAGCAGAUACGCACUGCAUUUGCUUCAUUGGCGAUGACGAUGCCCGACUCUAAACAUGUCGCCAUACCGGCAUCACACAUGCCAUGCUACAAAGGUGUCUCACCCUUUUGGCAGGAGGCACUCACAAUCAAGCUGCAAGCGCAGUAUGCCGACGCGGCGCGGCGCCCUAUCGAACUGUUGAAGGACGCCCUCGCCCUCGCCAGGUCCCCAGGCUGUCUGGCAAAGCAUGGGCUUUGUCCGACGUGCGCCGCUUUGGUUGUCGCGUAUCUUGAACGCACACGGAACGAGUUUUGGAGCAAACUGCCGACGUUCUUUGGGCUAACGUAGAUGCUCUCUCCUUCCCUCACCAUUCACUCCCAUGCAGACAAUCUAUAAAAAUACCUUACCAGUGGCCUCCUGGGGCUUGGCCGAUCCUGCACUCGCUCGAUGGACCACCGGUUGACCCAGAACU